CUCUUAGCCACCUGUUUGUUACACGAGGUAAAGGCGCAGCCCUGCAAUCGCUUUCUCACCACCACCAACUGCCGGCGGCGGAAGGGGGGCCUCCGAUUAAAGGCAGCUCUCGCUAAUGGCUGUACGAGUUCGGAGGGACACUAAAUGAGCCGUGAUGAAUGCCAGACGGAGACAUGGGCCCAGCAGUACCGAUCAGGGCAUCUACUUGGGGCCCAAGCAGAUGUUCUCGCACUCCGUCCCAGCGGCCUCCGUCCCAGGCACCUUUGACCCGGCCAGAUCAUCGCUGGAAUCGGUGCCCCCGCAGGCUGUACCCACGUCGCAGAGCCAGCUUGGCCCGCCGGCCAUGGGCGCGUCGUUGGGCCAGGACCGGACGUCGGAAUUCUUGGCAGCCUGCAAGUCCAUGCAGGGCAGACAUAACGGAGCUUAUGUUGACGGCCAGAACAACAGAACGUUAAGACAGAUGAGUGAAUUCAGCUUAAUGGCCAAGCGAAUUGGAAGGGACUUGAGCAACACAUUUGCCAAGCUGGAAAAACUGACGUUUUUGACGAAAAAUAUGUCACUUCAAGAUGACAAAUCUGGAGAGAUUGGGGAACUAACCUACAUCAUCAAACAGGACAUAAACAGCCUGAACAAGCAGAUAGCACAACUGCAGGCAUUCGUGAGGAGCCGCGGUGCUCAAAAUGGACGGCAUGCCCACUCUCACGCGAGCACGGUGGUCGUGGCACUGCAGUCUCGACUUGCUGGCAUGUCAAAUGAAUUCAAAUCGGUUCUGGAAGUUAGGACGGAGAGCUUGAGGCAGAUGCAGAGGAGGAAGGAGCAGUUUGCCCAGAGUUCCUCAAUGGGCGUUCCAUUCACGCAGGUGACAGGACAUGGCCUGGCUGCGACGCAGGACGACGGCUCGCUCGGGGGGCAAGUCUCUAUCGACAUGGACACGCAGAGGUCCCCACAGGCACAACUCUUGGCAAAGCAGGAGUCGUACUUACAGGAGCGAACAGAUGCUAUGAGUGCCAUUCAGUCGACCAUUGUGGAGCUGGGAUCCAUUUUCCAGCAGCUCGCCCACAUGGUCACUGAACAGGAGGAGACGAUACAACGAAUUGACUCGAGCAUAGAGGACACACAACUCAACGUGGAAGGCGCCCACACCGAGAUUCUCAAGUAUUUUCGCUCCGUUUCCUCCAACCGAUGGCUCAUGAUUAAGCUCUUCGCCGUCCUCAUCCUAAUUUUCAUCAUCGUCGCGAUGUUCUUGGGCUAGUGGGGGACCUCGCACGACUGUGUACCGCGAGCGGCGACUACGCCUCGGUGAAGAUUAAAAAAAAAACAGAUUCGCCUCGGCGUCCAGGAUGCUUCGUGGAACCACGUGCCUGUCUUUGCGAGUACCUGCGGACGAGCAAUAACGAAGCCACCAGCACAGACUUCAUCCCUGCGAUGGCAGGACACGUACGCAAUCGGUCGCGUCCGUGUUGCCAAGCCCUCGGCAACAAUGAACACAACUGCUUUUUGUGUUUAAGUUGCCCUUCCUCCACACCUCCGAUUAGGACGGUUGGCUAGGUAUUGUGCGAAAGAAGUUCAGCGUACAUACAACAGUCCCAUGCAUCCACUUCGUGCCGCUCUCAACGGUUUACGGAAGCAGGAUCGCGGAGGGCAGCUCACCAUGGAGGAUUAAAAAAUCUCCAGCAAGUUUUUAGUUGUGUGCCACCAUUAUAUUUGUAAUGUUGAUGCCUGCUCAAACUGCUGCACGUCUUGAUCAAUUACACAGGAAAUACUAACCCUUAGCUCUUCUUGCCUAUUGAUGUGUUCCACAAUGCAAAGGUGGUAGCUGUUGGUUCAUGCCCUAUUGUGGUUACACCUAUACAUUCAAGCUUCACGUCAGCACACCACAACAUCCAGGCUGGGCUGAGUAUCCACCGACUAAAAUAAAUACGUCGUUAAUUACUGGUUUAAAUGUGAACUGAAUAGAAUAGAUUUUUGGAUUAUCACGCUGUACUUACUGACUGCUAAUGUUGCAAUAAAAGAUGAAGAUCAUGCAUUACCACCCACCUGACUGUAAAAUUACUCCGUUACAUUCCACUAAAACCCCAUAGCUGCCCAUGCACCACACUGCCGUCAAUUGCAUUUAGUGAACCCCCCCCCCCCGAAGCAAUUAAUGCGUGCCAUUAAGCGCCGAUAAAAAGGACUGCACUGUUGGCUGCACUUGCGGGGCACUGAUGUCAUAAUCAGAAUCUCGAUUCAUCCUCAGCUGUGCCUCAGUUGCAUCAUUCAGAUUGUUCAGCUCUCCGUCAGACGCGAUGAUCCACUCCUGCCUUGUCCACACGUCAGUCAAUUGUCCCGAUUUAGCAUCGCCAUUCGAUUCGAGAAUCCAUAUUUUGUUGUUUCGUUUUUACAGUUUCUUGUUUGUUAGGUCGUAUCCGCUUCAUGAUUUCAAAUGUAAUAUUUGCAUAACAUUUAUGUGAAUGGUAAGUAAUCAAUUACAAUGCGCACUAUUUGAGGCAUAAAAUGUCAGCGCAGUAAUUUAUAGUUUUAUCGAUUUAUUGUAAAAAGCCUGCCCCGUAGUGUUUCAUCCUUAACUUUUGUUGUCAUUCCCAAGGACCAAGUAUUCUUGAAUAACUCAGUGAAAUAGUGUUUCACAGCUCACCGAGAUGGACUAAUAUUUGUGUCACUCUUGUGCAAGGCUUUGAAACACGAUGCAAGCUGCUAUUUGUCUUGUCAUGUAGUGGCAGUUGUUAGCUCACUGUUGUUGGCUACAUGUAUCCACCUAGGUAUUUUUUUAACAGUCGUUCAUUACUUGCACGAUAAAAUCAAAAGUAGGCGUCUUGGAAUGGACGCCACCUAUUAGACAUAAGGCCUAUGUAAUGUUUCGCGCCCUCUUGGUUUCAUGAACUGUCACAGAUAAGAGGUCAUUAUAUUUAAAAAUAAAUUAGAAUUUUUUACAUUGUGAUACAUUGCAGUGCCUUUAGUGCCUGCAGAGGUCACGUGAACAAAUCACACUCGUCAGGCACAUUGUAAAAUCAUGUUCUUACUGGCACCGUUAGAAUGCAGGGAUUGUGAGUGCAAUAAUACAUUGUAAUGAAACCGAAUGUUAAACCCAUUUAAGACAUUGUAUAAUAUAUUUUUUAAAUAA